AUGGCUUCCGAGCGAGUUAUUUCCGAGCGUGACUUGACCGCGCUCCCAGUGCACGAUGGACGAGAGCACAUCUCAACUGAGAGCCUGGCUAUCGCGAGAAACAGUCCCUCGAAAGACGUUUCGAAGAGACAGAGUCUCUCGGACUUGUUUACCAUCUUUGCCUGCGGCUUUGCUCUGAUCAGUGAUGGAUAUCAGAACAACCUGAUGACUAUGACCAAUGUCCUCCUCAAAGCUGAAUACCCCAAGGAGUACACCACCGUCGUCAGCACACGUGUGUCUAAUGCACUGCUGGUCGGCGAAGUUGUCGGACAAGUCGUCAUUGGACUGACAUGCGACUACCUGGGUCGCAAGACGGCCAUCGUCUUCACUACCCUCAUGAUCGUCAUUGGAGGAAUCCUUGCCACAGCCUCACACGGCGUGACUAUCAAUGGCAUGUUCUGGAUGAUGACCGUUGCGCGUGGCGUUGUCGGGUUUGGAGCCGGCGGCGAAUAUCCCGCCUCCUCAACCGCGGCCUCAGAAGCAGCAAAUGAUCUCAUGCCCAAACGCCGAGGCCCGGCCUUCAUCAUGGUCACCAACUUCCCCUUAUCAUUCGGAGGACCUUUCGCCGUGUCAAUCUUCCUAAUGGUACUCUGCGCCUGUAGCCAGACAAACUACAGCACCGUCUGGCGAGUAUGUUUCGGUAUUGGCUGCGUCUGGCCAUUGUCGAUUUUCUACUUCAGAAUCCGCAUGCUGAACUCCGUUCUCUACCGCCGUGGCGCAAUCAAGAAACAUGUUCCCUACAAACUCGUGCUGCGAUACUACUGGAGAUCAUUGAUUGGGACAUGCGGAGCUUGGUUCCUCUAUGACUUCGUCACUUUCCCAAAUGGUGUCUUCUCCGGCACAAUAAUCUCCAGCGUCGUCCACAACGGCACGAUCCUCCAAACGGGCGAAUGGCAACUCCUACUCGGAGCAAUCGCCCUGCCCGGCGUAUUCCUCGGGGCGCUCCUCUGCGACCGUCUCGGCCGCAAACGAAUAAUGAUGAUCGGCUUCAGCGGAUACCUAAUCUUCGGUCUAAUAAUCGGCUGCGCCUACGACCGCGUGACGAAGAUCGUCCCACUCUUCGUCGUCUUCUACGGACUCAUGCAGAGUUCGGGAAACUUCGGGCCGGGGAAUAUGCUAGGUCUCAUCUCGUCUGAGUCUUAUGCCACUGGUGUGCGCGGCACUUGCUAUGGGCUUUCGGCGGCUAUUGGGAAGGCUGGGGCUGCUGUUGGCACGCAGGCAUUCUUGCCUAUUAAGAGUCACUUGGGGAAUAAGUGGACUUUUAUUAUUGCUGCUAUUUGUGGGGUUGCUGGGGUUGUUGUUACUUGGGUUUUUGUGCCGGAUUUGUCGGGGGAGGAUCUCAGGGUUCGGGAUGAGAACUUUCGUGCUUAUCUUGUUUCUAAGGGUUGGGAUGGGGAUAUGGGGGAAGGUGAUUUGAAGGCGAUGGCUGAUCAGGGCGUGGGUUAUGGUGAGGCUGUUGCUGCUCCGCAGUUUACUAAGGGCUAG